CGUUGCGCAUUUUCGCGCUCUUUUCUCUGUGGAGGAGGCUGGAGUGUAACGGAUUUGGAGCUGUUGUAGAGCUGGACAUCUGUUGUUCAUUAGUUAGCUGGAUUCAGUCACGAGUCAGUGCAACAUCCAAAACCAACAGUUAAGUUUUCUUGCAUGAAGACACAGCAGCAAUGUCACAGCUCUACUUUCGCAGAACAGACAACUUCUCGAACAAUGACCGAAUUCCACUGCGCAUCGUUCGAGCCGAGUCUGAGCUUUCACCGCUGGAAAAGGCUUACCUGUGUGCUGUGGAGAAGGGCGACUAUGCCAGCAUCAAGCAAUCUCUGAUAGAGGCUGAGAUCUACUUUAAAAUCAACAUCAACUGCGUUGACCCUCUAGGACGGACAGCUCUGCUUAUUGCUAUUGAGAAUGAGAACCUGGAAGUCAUCGAUUUGCUGCUCAGUUAUAAUGUGUAUGUGGGGGAUGCUCUCUUACACGCCAUUCGAAAGGAGGUGGUGGGAGCCGUGGAGCUGCUUUUGAACCAUAAAAAGCCCAGCGGGGGCAUGCAGGUUCCUCCAAUUCUGUUGGACAAACAGUUCUCCGAUUUCACCCCUGACAUAACACCCAUCAUAUUGGCUGCACACACUAACAACUAUGAGAUCAUCAAGAUGCUGGUGCAGAAGGGUGUAUCUGUUCCCCAGCCCCACCAGGUGCGGUGCAACUGCAUGGAAUGUGUUUCCAGCUCAGAUGUAGACAGUCUGAGACAUUCCCGAUCCCGUCUCAACAUCUACCGGGCUCUGGCUAGUCCCUCACUCAUUGCCCUCUCCAGCGAGGACCCCUUCCUGACAGCCUUUCAGCUAAGCUGGGAGCUUCAGGAGCUCAGCAAAGUGGAGAAUGAAUUUAAGUCAGAGUAUGAAGAGCUUUCUCAACUCUGUAAGCAGUUUGUCAAAGGUCUGCUUGACCAAACGCGCAGCUCCAGGGAGCUUGAGUUGAUUCUGAACUACAGGGAUGCUAUGAAUUGUUUAGAAGAUGAAGGGUAUAAUGAUCUUGCAAGGCUGAAACUGGCUAUCAGGUUCCACCAAAAAGAGUUUGUAGCACAGCCAAACUGUCAGCAGCUGCUUGCCUCUCGCUGGUAUGACGAGUUCCCAGGCUGGAGACGCCGCCACUGGGCCAGCAAGUUCACCACCUGUAUGUUCAUCGGGAUCCUCUUCCCUUUCUUUUCCCUGUUCUACCUGAUCGCCCCCAAGAGCCACUAUGGCCUCUUUAUCCGAAAACCAUUCAUCAAGUUUAUUUGCCACACUGCUUCUUAUCUAACCUUCCUUUUGCUCCUGCUGUUGGCCUCCCAAAACGUGGUACCGGUUAUGGCUAAGCAGCAGGGCCCAGCGCCCACCACUGUGGAAUGGAUUAUUUUACCCUGGGUUUUAGGUUUUGUAUGGGCUGAGAUCAAACAGAUGUGGGAUGGUGGAUUUCAGGAUUACAUUCAUGACUGGUGGAAUCUCAUGGACUUUGUCAUGAAUUCUCUGUAUCUGGCCACUAUUUCGUUGAAGAUUGUAGCUUACAUUAAGGUAACCAAUAACUGCAAAGAUCGGAAGGACUGGGAGAUGUGGCACCCCACCCUGGUUGGCGAGGCCUUGUUCGCCAUUGCUAACAUCUUUAGCUCCCUUCGACUAAUUUCACUCUUCACAGCCAAUUCCCACCUCGGCCCUCUACAAAUCUCUCUUGGCCGAAUGCUGCUGGACAUUCUCAAAUUCCUCUUCAUUUACUGCCUGGUGCUACUCGCCUUUGCAAAUGGACUCAAUCAGCUGUAUUUCUAUUAUGAAUCUGAGGGUAAAAAUGAUACCCACAAUGUGACAUGCAAGGGCAUUCGCUGCUCAGAGCAGAACAACGCCUUCACCACUAUGUUUGAGACUCUACAGUCAUUGUUCUGGUCCAUAUUUGGUCUCAUUUCCCUGUAUGUGACAAACGUUGCCCCCAAUCACCAGUUCACCGAGUUUGUUGGAGCCACAAUGUUUGGUACCUACAACAUAAUCUCUCUUGUGGUUCUUCUCAACAUGCUUAUUGCUAUGAUGAACAACUCCUACCAACAUAUUGCAGAUCAUGCUGACAUUGAGUGGAAGUUUGCCAGAACUAAACUUUGGAUGAGCUAUUUUGAGGAGGGUGGCACACUUCCUCCUCCUUUUAACAUCAUUCCAAGCCCAAAAUCAGUGUGGUAUCUCAUUGGAUGUAUCAAGGGCUACUGCUUUAAUUUUCGAAACAGAAAAAGAACAGACACACUUGGAUCACUUGGGAUGCGAGCAGCUGAAAACAUCCUCUCAAAUCGUCACUAUCAGGAGGUGCUCAGAAACCUGGUUAAGCGGUAUGUGGCUGCAAUGAUCAGGGAUGCUAAGAAAGAGGACGGGUUAACAGAGGAGAACUUUAAGGAACUCAAGCAGGACAUCUCAAGCUUCCGUUAUGAGGUCAUGGGAAUGAUGAAAGGUACCAAACUUGGCAUGCCGACUUCAAAAGUUAGUACCGAAGCCUCAAACCUGGCAUAUCCUGACAAAUCACUGAAGUGUAAUCCUGCCCCAACUGGAAGUCAACUAAAGGGCAAAAAGAGACUACAGAGUGUCACCACCUCUAUCAUCCAGGAAGGCUGCACCAAAGCCAAUCCCUGGAAGCCAGGCCUAGUUGAUGGUUCAGUCCCAUACAGGACUGUUGGCUCUGGACUGAGCCAUCAAAUGAACUGCAAAGGGACCAACAACACAGAGGAGAUUUACUCUGUGCCAGAAGAAGUAGGUGAGCCUGAAACUGAAGAACAGAAUGAUGGUGAACAUAGAGGAAACCAAAAUUGUAGGGAAAUAAAGAACCAAAAUAAUGAAACCAAUGAGAGGAGGGAUAAAGUCACUUAAGACUAUGGAAAAGGAAGAUGAUAUUUUACACAAGCAUUAUAUACAUGAUGAAGUAAUUGAUGAGGCAAACAAUGGAUAGGAAGGAUGCAGAUUAUUGUAUAAAAACCCUGGAUGCUGCAAAAUGUAAUCCUGAAUGAAGAGAUGGUGAUGGCAGUAACAUAUUCCUUGGUUAAUGAACGCCCCUUGAGGUUUGCUGUUCGUGGAUAAAGGAAAUUAAUUUAAUCAAUACCACCACCUUGUCAGCCACAUGAUCCAGAACUCUCACUUCAUCCCAGAAGCAGCUGUGGUGAAUAUCAAGUGUAGGGUGCUGCAUCUAUAUUAUCCGAUCAUCAAGUGCAAUAUACUGGAGUCUCAGGGAUGAUCUCAUUUAGGAGUAAAUGGGUUCCAACGUUGUCAUUCACAGUAAUUUACACUACACCUAGUUUACACACCAUCUAAUUUAUUGCUGCCCUGCACCUUUCUGCUGAAUCAUAUAUGAAGGAGCAAUUGCUGGUCCCUUGCUAUUCUACCACUUUCAUUCUUGACUUACUAUGUUGAAGUUAGCAUUUUAUGCUAUCCACAUUUACCAUAAGUGAUGUCACUACUGUCAUACAACAUAAUAUCUUUAAUAGAUGUUACUAUGCAAAUAUUUACAACUUUUUAAACUUUUAAUCAUGUUUCACAUUGUGCAUGAUCAGAGGUGGGUAGAGUAGCCAAAAACUGUACUCAAGUAAAAGUACAAUUACUUAAAAGAAAUUACUCGAGUAGAAGUAGAAGUGCUAACAUAAAUAAUUACUUGAGUAAGAGUAAGAAAUUAUACAAUUAAAAUAGUACUCAAGUAGUGAAAGUAACUCGUUACUUUCACAAAUGUCAUUAUGGAUGCUAACUCCCUACAUUCCAUUAUAUAACACACAUUUAACAUGUAUUACAGAAUCAUCAUUAUUAUUAUUAUGAUUAAUAGACAUUCUGUCAUCAUUCACCAUCAGGUUGUUCCAAACCCGAAUUUUAGACAGAAUGUUAGCCUUGGUCACCAUUUACUUUUAGUGAAGGUGUAUUUUUUUCAAUAUAUUUUGAAAGUGACUGUCAGACCCUAACAUUCUGUCUAGCAUCUUUUGUGUUCCACAGAAUACAGGUCACAUGGGUUUGGAAAAAAAAAGAGGGUAGGGAACAGAUGAUGGAAUAUUAAAUUAUGGCUGAUCUAUAAUUUUAAAGAGGUAGUUCACCCAAAAAUGAAAAAUCUCUCAUCAUAUCACAGAUGUGUAUGACUUCCUUUCUUCUGUAGAACAUGAAUUAAGAUUUUUAGAAGAAUAUUUCAGCUCUGUAGGUAAGUACAAUGCAAGUGAAUGGGUGUUAAAAAUGUUAUGCUCAAAAAAGCAAAUGCAGGCACCAAAAAAGUAAUCCAAGUUAUAUUAAAUCCAUAUCUUUAGAAGUGAUACGAUAGGUGUGGGUGAGAAACAGAUCAAUAUUGAAGUCAUUUUUUGCCAGAAGUUUUUCUCCCACACAGAAGAAUGUGAAAGUGAUCUGUUCACACAUAUCAUACAGCUUCUGAAGAUAUGGAUUUACAUUCAGAAAGUAUUCAAACCCCUUAAUUUUGUUAUGUUGAAGCCUUAUGCUAAAAUGCUUUAAAUUAUUUAGUUUUUCAGUGGACAGCCAUUUUCAAGUCUCCAGAGAUGUUUGAUUGGGUUCAAGUCAGGCUCUCUUAUCAAGGCCUUUCUCCCCUAAUUGCUCAGUUUGGCCAGGCAGCCAACUCUAGGAAGAGUCCUGGUUGUUCCAAACCUCUUCCAUUUAAGAAUUGUGGAGGCCACUGUCCUCUUGAGAACCUUCAAUGCUGCCAGAUUUUUUUUGUAGACUUCCCCUGAUCUGCAGGCAGUUCCUUUGACCUCAUGGCUUGGUUUUUUCUCUGAUAUACAUUUUCAGCUGUGAGACCUAUAUAGACAGGUGUGUGCCUUUCCAAAUCAUGUCCAAAUCAUAUCCAAUCAAUGGAAUUUGUUACAGGUGGACUCCAAUCAAAGUUUAGAAACAUCUCAAAGAUGGUCCAGAGAAAUGGGAUGCACCUGAGCUAAAUUUCAAGUGUCAUAACAAGGGGUCUGAAUAAUUAUGUCAAUAUGAUAUUUAAGUUUUUUCUUUUUAAUACAUUUGCAAAGUUAUCAAAAAUCUGUAAAAAAUGAUCUGUUGUCAUUAUGGGGUAUGGAGUGUAGAUUGAUAUAUAAAAAAUAUGAAUAUUAAUAAAUAAUUAUUUAAAGCAUUUUAGCAUAAGGCUGCAACAUAACAAAAUGUGAAAAAAUGAAGGUGUCUGAAUACUUUCUGAAUGCACUGUAAAUGCUGUUUAACAAAGGAAUCUAGUCAUAACAACACUAGAUAAUCUGUAAUCAUUACACAAUACAAUAAAAUCAUGUUAAUCAUGUAUGAUUUAUGAUCCUCUUAUAAUUUUAAAGAGUAAAAGUC